GGCCGGGCCGAUGGACCUCAACCGCAUCGUGCAGGCGCUCCGGGGCACCAUCGACCCCAAGCUGCGCCUGGCGGCCGAGAGCGAGCUCAACCAGUCCUACAAGAUCAUCAACUUCGCUCCCAGUCUCCUCCGCAUCAUCGUCUCUGAUCAUGUGGAGUUCCCGGUGCGCCAGGCUGCCGCCAUCUACCUGAAGAACAUGGUGACGCAGUACUGGCCGGACCGCGAGCCGCCGCCCGGGGAGGUGCUGUUCCCCUUCAACAUCCACGAGAACGACCGCCAGCAGAUCCGCGACAACAUCGUGGAGGGCAUCAUCCGCUCUCCCGACCUGGUGAGAGUCCAGCUGACCAUGUGUCUCCGCGCCAUCAUCAAGCACGACUUCCCCGGCCACUGGCCGGCGGUGGUGGACAAGAUCGACCACUACCUGCAGGCGCAGAGCAGUGGGAGCUGGAUGGGUAGCCUGCUGUGCCUCUACCAGCUGGUGAAGACAUACGAGUACAAGAAGGCGGAGGAGCGGGAGCCGCUGCUGGCCGCCAUGCAGGUCUUCCUGCCCCGCAUCCAGCGCCAGGUCCUGCAGCUGCUGCCCGACCCCUCCCACCACUCUGUGCUGCUGCAGAAGCAGAUCCUGAAGAUCUUCUACGCGCUGGUGCAGUACGCCCUGCCGCUGCAGCUGGUCAGCAACCAGACCAUGACCGCGUGGAUGGAGAUCUUCCGCACCAUCAUCGACAGGACGGUUCCUCCUGAGACGCUGCAGCUGGACGAGGACGACCGGCCCGAGCUGGUCUGGUGGAAGUGUAAGAAGUGGGCCCUGCACAUCGUGGCCCGCCUGUUCGAACGAUAUGGAAGCCCAGGAAAUGUCACAAAAGAAUACUUCGAGUUUUCUGAGUUCUUCUUGAAAACGUACGCAGUCGGGAUUCAGCAGGUGCUGCUGAAGAUCCUGGAGCAGUACCGGCGGAAGGAGUACGUGACGCCCCGCGUGCUGCAGCAGACGCUCAACUUCCUCAACCAGGGCGUCGUGCACCCCGUGACCUGGAAGCACAUGAAGCCGCACAUGCAGAACAUCUCCGAGGACGUCAUCUUCUCCGUGAUGUGCUACAAGGACGAGGACGAGGAGCUGUGGCAGGAAGAUCCCUACGAGUACAUCCGCAUGAAGUUCGAUAUCUUUGAGGACUACGCCUCCCCGACCACCGCAGCCCAGACCCUGCUCUACACGGCCGCCAAGAAGAGGAAGGAGGUGCUGCCGAAAAUGAUGGCCUUCUGCUACCAGAUCCUCACGGACCCCAACUAUGACCCCCGUAAGAAGGACGGGGCCCUGCACGUCAUCGGCUCGCUGGCCGACAUUCUCCUGAAGAAGAGCGUGUUCAAGGACCAGAUGGAGCCGCUGCUGCAGACGCAUGUCUUCCCGCUGGUGCUGUCCGACCUGGGCUACCUCAGAGCCAGGGCCUGCUGGGUGCUGCAUGCCUUCAGCUCGCUCAAGUUUCACAACGAGCUCAACCUCCGCCACGCCGUGGAGCUGGCCAAGAAGAGCCUCACGGAGGACAAGGAGAUGCCCGUGAAGGUGGAGGCCGCACUGGCCCUCCGCUCGCUCAUCUCCAACCAGCCGCAGGCCAAGGACUUCAUGAAGCCGCACGUGCGGGCCGUGAUGCAGGAGCUGCUGCACAUCGUCCGGGAGACGGAGAAUGACGACGUGACCAACGUCAUCCAGAAGCUCAUCUGCGAGUACAGCCAGGAGGUGGCCGCCAUCGCCGUGGACAUGACGCAGCACCUGGCUGAGAUAUUCGGCAAAGUCCUCCAGAGCGACGAGUACGAAGACAUCGAGGACAAGACGGUGAUGGCCAUGGGGGUGCUGCACACCAUCGACACCAUCUUGACGGUCGUGGAGGAUCACCAGGAGGUGACACAGCAGCUGGAGAACAUCUGCUUACGCAUCAUCGAUCUGGUGCUGCAGAAACACGUGAUCGACUUCUACGAGGAGAUCCUGUCCCUGGCCUACAGCCUCACCUGCCACGGCGUCUCCCCGCAGAUGUGGCAGCUGCUCGGCAUCUUCUACGAGGUCUUCCAGCAGGACUGCUUCGAGUACUUCACAGACAUGAUGCCCCUCCUGCACAACUACGUGACCAUCGACACCAGCGCUCUGCUCGCGAACCCCAAGCACCUGGAAAUCCUCUUCACCAUGUGCAGGAAGGUCCUGUGUGGAGACGCCGGGGAGGACGCGGAGUGCCACGCGGCCAAGCUGCUCGAGGUCAUCAUUCUGCAGUGCAAAGGAAGGGGCAUCGACCAGUGCAUCCCGCUCUUCGUGCAGCUGGUCCUGGGGCGCCUGACGCGCGGGGUGAAGACCAGCGAGCUGCGCACCAUGUGCCUGCAGGUGGCCAUCGCCGCGCUCUACUACAGCCCCACGCUGCUCCUGCACACGCUCGAGCGGACGCAGCUGCCCCCGCACCCGGGGCCCGUCACCGUCCAGUUCAUCAACCAGUGGAUGAGCGACACGGAUUGUUUCCUGGGGCACCACGACCGGAAGAUGUGCAUCAUCGGGCUGAGUGUCCUCCUGGAGCUGCAGGACCGGCCCCCCGCCGUGGACGCGGUGGCCGCGCAGAUCGUGCCCUCGGUGCUUUUCCUCUUCCUGGGCCUGAAGCAGGUGUGUGCCACCCGGCAGCUGGCCAGCCGCGAGGAGAACGCCCGGGCGGAGAAGGCGGAGGUGGAGGAGAACGAGGAGAUCUCCAGCGAUGAAGAGGAGACCGCGGUCAGUGCCCAGGCCAUGCAGUCCAGUAACGGGAGGGGGGACGAGGAGGAGGAGGACGACGAUGACUGGGACGAGGAGGUGCUGGAGGAGACGGCCCUGGAGAGCUUCAGCACGCCGCUGGACCUGGACGGCAGCGUGGAUGAGUACCAGUUCUUCACGCAGGCCCUCCUGGCGGUGCAGAGCCGGGACCCCGCCUGGUACCAGCUGCUCGUGGCCCCGCUCAGUGAGGACCAGCAGCGGGCGCUGCAGGAGGUGUUUGCGCUGGCAGAGCACCGGAGCCACGUGGCAGAGGCGAAGAAGAAGAUCGAGGAGCAGGGCGGCUUCACCUUCGAGAGCAAAGGCGUCCUGUCGGCCUUCAACUUCGGGACUGUGGCCGGCAGCGACUGAGCGUGGCCCCGCGGCCCCUGCCCCUCUGCUGGGCGCUGGACUCGGCAGCACUCCCCCCCCCCCCCAACUCCGCCACCCCCGGAAGAGCGAGUGACACGAGAACAGGGUUGCUGCCCGCAGACCCGGCCCUGCCCACGCGUGGGAUUGCACGUCUCAGGUUUUUGCUAUGCAGAAUCAAUGGAUUGACGCGGAUUAACAGUGCCUUCUGUUGUACAUGAAUUAUCGGAACCAUUUUUUGGAGUGCAUUGCAAUUUUUUUUAAAGCAUAA